AUGAACGAAUAUAGAUGUCCUAGCAGAGAAGACUGGGUUAAACUUGCAAAUAUAUUUAGUUUAGAAAAAAGCCUAAUGAUCAAAUCAUCAUCCGUCGAACUGUGUCUCUACGAAGAUGCCUCAUUUAUGGAGUUGUACAAGAAAUCGUUAAAUGCAGAUUGUUUCUAUCGUUACCCAAAGGAACAAAAAGAAACUACUUGCUUUGGAGAUUGUAAUGUUCAAGCUACACCAGAGAAAAUCUACUCAGACUCACAACAAGCAAUUGAAUCGUUGGAUAUCGUUGAUGCAUCAGUUGAUGAGGAUGAUGGCGAUGAUGACGAGUUGGACGCCGACGACGAUUUAGUGGAUCUAAACACUGGAGAUCUCGUCGACACUGCCGUACAGCAGUCAGACAAGCCAUCGACUCACAGCCAAAGUUUUGGUUCACUUCCGAAAUGUCUCUUGAUGAAAAGUACAAAACUAUCACUCGUAUAUUCUACCUGCGAAGAGUACUCUGUAUCCGCAUGCUACAAAGACUCCAUUAGAGCCAAGAAGGAUAUAUUCUACAAAAUUGGAAUGGGUUAUCAAACAGAAGAAUGGGUUUAUGGCUAA